GACAUAAAAUCAGUCGCCAUCUUUGCUUCAACCUUUCAAUCGCCUCUACCGAUUUGCGGGCGUUCCGUCGCCGUUUUUUCAAUGUUUUGCUCAAAAAAAUCAUUAUUAUUCGCGUCAAAAGCCACGUAAAAAGUGCCUACAGUUUUGCGUAACAAUUUGGUGUGAAAAUGAGUUUUUUCGGAUUUGGUCAGACUGCGGAUAUCGAAAUCGUUUUCGAAGAUGCUGACAAGCGGAAGGUUGCCGAAGUGAAAACGGACGACGGGAAAAAGGAGAAGCUCCUGCUGUAUUAUGACGGGGAAACUGUCUCCGGCCGAGUGAACGUCACUCUGCGAAAGCCGGGCUCCAAAUUGGAACACCAAGGCAUCAAGGUCGAGCUCGUAGGUCAGAUUGAAUUAUUUUACGACAGAGGUAAUCAUCAUGAAUUUAUAUCGUUGGUCAAGGAGCUCGCUAGGCCCGGCGACUUGCUGCAGCACCAGUCGUACCCUUUUGAGUUCCCUAAUGUUGAAAAACCGUAUGAAGUGUACACAGGAGCGAACGUGAGAUUGAGGUAUUUCCUUCGUGCGACAAUUGUUCGCCGCCUCACUGAUAUUGUCAAGGAGGUAGACAUCGCUGUACACACGCUCUGCAGCUACCCGGACGUCCUCAACUCCAUAAAGAUGGAAGUAGGCAUAGAAGACUGCCUCCACAUAGAGUUUGAAUAUAACAAAUCGAAAUACCACCUGAAAGAUGUAAUAGUGGGUAAGAUUUACUUCCUCUUGGUACGCAUCAAGAUCAAACAUAUGGAAAUAUCCAUCAUAAAGAGAGAAACAACUGGUUCUGGACCAAACACAUUUACUGAGAAUGAAACUGUUGCAAAAUAUGAAAUAAUGGAUGGAGCACCAGUGAGAGGUGAGAGUAUUCCAAUAAGAGUGUUCCUGGCUGGGUAUGACCUCACACCAACCAUGAGAGACAUAAGCAAUAAAUUCUCUGUAAGAUAUUAUCUGAAUCUAGUGUUGAUGGAUACAGAGGACAGACGCUAUUUCAAGCAACAGGAAGUCACACUGUGGAGGAAAAGUGACAAGUCAAGACUACCAUUACAUAAUCCUCACGUACCGCAGACAUUGUCACACCCAUCUAGCCAACUGAGACAGCACAGUGCAUCAAGUGAGGAUAAUGCUGCGAGAGUGGUCACACCAUCUAUGCCUGAAAAUGCCAUGCAGAGAUCUAUUUCCCCAUCAAUGGCUGAUGGUGACAAACAAAAUGGACCAACACAAAUGGAGCAAGAAAAACCUGAAGUGAUAACAAAAAAAUUAGCUAACACCCACAUUGAGAAUGACCAUGGAGAGGUCUCUCCAAUAUUAGAACAACCCAUUGAAAAGCCUCCAGUAGCUGAGAAACCACAGGUGACUGAAAAACCACAAGUGACUGAAAAACUGGAGGUAGUGGAAAAACCUCAGUUAGAGAAACCACAGUUGGCGGAGAAACCGUUACUGGCUGAGAAACCCCAGAUAGCUGAAAAGCCCCUACUCAGCCGACCAGAGAGUGUUGAAGCUGAACCGAGUCAAUAGCCGAUAUGUGCUUGUGCGGUCGACAGUGCCGUCACCGAUGAAAUGAACUGUAUGUUUUCAUAUUUGAAAACAAUUAUUUAGAACGCUGGAACUGACUAUUUCCUGGUAAAUAAUAAUGAAGUUAUUAAGCCCAUUGUUCCACUUUUGUAUUAAUGUUGUGCACUUAGCUGAUGCAAAUUAUCAUAUGAAUAAAUUGUAUCGGAUGGAGUGAAGAUAAUAUUGAAUUGAAAAGAGAUUGUGUGAAAUGGGCUCUAAACGUAAGUGUAUUCUAAUAAUAAUUUGUGUUAACACAUACAUUUUAAUAUCUUGAUAAAGGUCUGUCAUGAAAUAUCAGUUGAGGAUUAAAAUCUAUUCAGCAGAGUUAAAAUAUGAGCUUAAAAUGUGUACUGCAAUGUAUGAGGCAUGUUUUGUUGGUAGUAACAUAUUGUCAUUGCGGCUGUGAUGUUACUUCAUAGCUUAUAAUUGAAGACAUCUAUUCCCUUGGUUUCGGAAAAUAUUUAUUAAUAUAAUAUCAUGUGGUAGUAUAGAAUGUGCCUAAAAAUGAUUCCCUUGCGCUUGGCAGCUUCAUUGUUAACUCUGUUUCAUCUGUACUAAAGAAAUGUUUUAAAAGAAUCCACAAUCGUUUUUGAAGAGCAAAUACAGCCAUUUCACUGGAAUCCAGCACAUUAAUGUGCUAUCACACACCUUAUCAAACGUUGUUGGUUUAGUUCAUAAGAAAUUUAUCAAAAAGUGAUUCAUUGAACUUGUAUUUAACGUAUUUAUUUGUAUAAUUAUGCUUUUAUCGAUUUAUUUUUCAUUGUACACAUUUUGAUUGAAUUUCAUUACACUUGAUUCAUUUGCAUAAAAGGUGAGUAGUAGGUAGUGUUUUUAAGGUUUUAACUAAUGGAUGAGGUACGAGAGUUGUGUAUGAAGACUUGUAUAGGUCGAAGUUGCGCAGAUACAUUGAGUCUGCUAGCGAACCACAAAUGAUUCAAGUCAGCCGAAUGCGGUAUGUCUGGUACCUAUAAAUCGUGUAAAUUUUGUACAGGAUUGAAAUGGAUGAAGGUGUUUACACACAUUUCGUCGUUUAGUUAAAAUUAGUUUCGUUUCGUUCUGAAAAUGUUUUCUGUAGCUGUUUUAGAGAACGUUACUAAUUCGUCUUAACGAAAUAAUUGUCGAGUUUUAUACAACUUUGGAAACCUGUUUUCCAUCGCGUUAGCAUGACAACAUACUACAUACUGUGAAGUUAAAACAACUUUACCAUGGACGUACUAUUACGUAACGUAUUCUAAAACGACAUGGAAAAAUAAUCGGUUAAAUGUCUGUAAAUACCUUUUGAUAUUGUUGGAUAGGUAGUCGUUUUCUUACAAUGUUAUUCAUAAUGUGUGAUUUAAGGAGUGUAUAUUGAGUCGGGAUACAAAUAUAGGAAUUGUAAAAUAUCUGUGUUGGAAGCACGUGUGAAGAGAAGGUCUUUAAGAUGCUUCUCUACUCAUCAUUCUCACAUUUAGACUUAAGAAGUCAUUAACAAACCAGUUUAGAUAUGGCAUGACCAAGAGAAUGUCACUUAUAUAGUUAAAGGUAUCUACGUAUUAUGCGGAUCAAAAGGGGGAAUAUAGACAGUUUCAUUGAUAAAGAACUUAAGAGCUCAUUCACAUCUGUAGUGACCUUAAAUCGUUUAAUAAUCUAACGUUACUCCUUGUGUGUGCCAUUCAACAUAUAGCAGUAGACCUGAGUCAUUUUUUUACGUCGCGCCAUCAUAAAUGUGAAGCGACGUGUACAUAAUAGCAGUUUUAUUUGUAUAUCUAUUUACUACAUAUCACUGCUCUGAAACAAUAUACCUAGGAGGGCACACAACUCUACCAUUCACCAAUUGAUUUCAAUUGAAACCGUCGAGCGUAUUUUAUACCAAUUGAGCUUUGAGUGGAAAUUGAGAUUCUUUCACAAACAACUAGGAUUUCAAUCAAUGUAUCCGUAAGGUACACAUCGAAAACGCAAUAAUAGUGCUUAUAUUUAACAUCGUAACAAAAUGAAUCUAAAAGACUAUUGUCUGUAAAAAGUAUACUAAAAAUAUGUAAUUACAGAAUUAUAACAUAGUAAAAUAGGUUUUAAUAAAGUUAUUUGGCUGUGGAUUGGCGUAGCACUCUGAAAUUAAUCGUAACAAAAUGUUAUCAGACUACACACGAUGUUCUUGGAGGGUUGGUCCACGGUCAAUAUACUAUAAUAAAUAGUUAUUAUUUUAUGUAAAAUAGGAGAAAGUCCAUGUUAUGUAAAACAUUAUGUUAUUAUUAUCAUCAAAUUGUUUGGUUUUAGUAUCGUGUAUAAAAGAUAUCUUUUUUCUAUUGAGAUUAAGGGCGCAUGUCGAUUAUAUCAUAUUGUUAAUAAAAUAUAUGUAUAAAUUGCUGA